AUGUCCGCCACGAUGAGAUCCACCGGAUUGGUUCGCGGAACCCCUGCUUUUCGGGCAGCGCUCGCUGGUCGUCACCGUUCCAGUGCGCUGAGCCCGGCCUCUGUAGCAGCCAGAACCCUUCUCCAAAAUGGCCGCACUCUCCCAUCUCAAGUAUCGGCCCUUGCAAUUCUGAUGCCGCAACGAGGAUACGCGACCGAGCAGUCUACAUCAAACUCUUCUCAAUCCUACCCACCCCCCGGCUUCAAUGCCGAGCAAGCAAAGAAGCCAAUCCCCCAAGACCAGACUACCCAGCCCGAGUCCGCCGUUGCAAAGCCCCAGUCUGAGACCUCGGCUGUCAGCAAGACAAAGUCCGGAACUGUGAACAAGUCCAGCGCAGAGGACCAGAAGGUGGCCGAGAAGAAGAGUACCAAGAAGUUGACCCUCGGCCAGAAGGUUAAGAAAGAGCUUCAGCACUACUGGGAUGGAACCAAGCUGCUGGCCACAGAGGUCAAGAUUAGUUCGCGAUUGGCAUUGAAGAUGGCCGGUGGAUAUGAAUUGAGUCGCCGAGAGCACCGCCAGCUUCAGCGUACCACGAAGGAUUUGGGCCGUCUGGUUCCCUUCUCGAUGUUCCUCAUCGUUCCCUUUGCCGAACUGCUGCUGCCCGUCGCUCUGAAGAUCUUCCCCAACCUUCUUCCCAGCACCUACGAGGGCCAGAAGGCUCGUGAUGCCAAGGCCUUGAACCUCAGCUCCACCCGAAAGGAGGUUUCUGGCUUCCUGCGCAACACCCUGCGCGAGACCGGUCUCCCCCUGACCAUGGCCACCGUCAAGAACGACGAGUUCGCCGACUUCUUCCGUAAGAUUCGCACCACUGGCGAAUCGCCCUCCACCGAGGAUGUCAUCAAGGUCUGCAAGAUCUUCAAGGACGACCUGACCCUCGACAACCUGUCUCGCCCCCAGCUGGUCGGCAUCUGCCGAUACAUGAACCUGAACUCGUUUGGCACAGACGCCAUGCUUCGUUACACGAUUCGCCACCGCAUGCGCCAAAUCAAGCGUGACGACCGCGCCAUCUUCUACGAGGGCGUAGACUCGCUCUCCGUCCCAGAAUUGCAGAUGGCUAGCGCCUCGCGUGGUAUCCGCACACACGGCGUCUCCCCCGCUCGCCUGCGUGAGGAUCUCGGCAUGUGGCUCGAACUCCGUCUCAAGCAGGGCGUUCCAUCCACCCUGCUCGUCCUGAGCAACGCCUACCUGUACACCCAGGGUGGCAAGGAGUCCGAGAUGGCAUCCCAGAUCGACGCCCUUAAGUCCGUUCUCUCCAGUAUCCCCGAGGAGCUCUUCCACGAGAUCGAGCUCGAGGUUCACAACGCCGAGGGCGCCGCCACCAACAAGCAGCGUCUGGAGGUUAUCAAGGAGCAGGAGGAGCUGAUCGAGGAGGAGAACGAGCAGAACAGCGAGAACGAGGGCAAGGGUGUUUCUGCGCCUAAGGAUAUUGAGGACAUCGAUGAGAAGGAGGAAGCCAAGGUUGAAGCUUCUAAUGGCGCUGAUAAGCAAACCUCCGAGGCUAAAGAGGCCAUGGCUGAAGGUGAUCGCGCUGAGAAGACCAGCGAGUCCAAGGAAGCGAAGAAGAGCGAGAGCUUGUAG